AUGGAUGAAUUUAAUGAAAUUGAAGUUACAAAUGAAAAUAGUGACGUGUAUCAAAAUAAAGAUAUAAAUAAAAAUGAAGAAAUAAAUGGAAAGGAUGAAAUAAGUAAAGGAGAUAUAAGCAUAUACAAUAUGAAGAGUAAGGAAGUGUGUGAAAAUAUUAUGAUUAAAAAUAAUUGUGAUAAAAAAAUAAAUAUGUAUGUAGUAAUUUAUAACAUAAGCAAAAAAAAAAAUGUUGGAAGCAUAAUAAGAAGUUGUGUUGCUUUUAAUGUAAGUAAAAUAUUUAUUAUUGGAAGAAAAAAAAAAGAAAUAAACUUUUUUGGUAACAUGGGCACAUACCAAUACAUAAGUAUUGAGUACUUUGAUAAUAUAAUAGAAUUAAAAGAUUAUUUAAAAAAAAAUAAUAUUUUAUUAUAUGGUUGUGAAAUAACAAAUAACUCAAUUUCAGUUACAAAAAAGCCAUUUAUAAAAGAUACAGCUUUUUUAUUUGGAAAUGAAGGUACAGGAAUUGAAGAUAAAAUUUUAAAUUUAUGUGACAAAAUUAUUUAUAUUCCUCAAUAUGGAAAUGGGACAUCUUCUUUAAAUGUUUCAAUUUCAUGUUCUAUAAUUUUACAUAACUUUGCUAUUUGGGCUAAUUAUAAGGAAAUUGAAAUUGAAAAUAAAAAAUUUAUUAUUCAAAAAAAUAAAAACAAAUUAGAUAAUUAUUUACACCCAUCUGACGAUUUAUUAAAAGAAAUAAAUAAUAAAAGACUUAUGAGAUCUGAAAAGAAGAAAGAUUAUAAUUUCUUUGAAUGA